GGCGGGAAUGGUGGGGAGCAGCGCGGGCGCCCAUUGUUCAGCUGCUGCGAGUGCCGCCCACAGGUCGCUCCAGCAGCGCUCUGAUACGUGUACGCUCACAUGGGGCGGGGGUGCGGCCCGGAGGCGGCCCUUGUAGCAGGGUGACCGUGUGUUGCUGCCGGCCUGGAGAUCCGUUACCCAGUAACAGACUUACAAGUCCCUGCUGUACUUGCUGCACGGAGGAAGAGGACUGGGAUCUGGUCUCGGUGUGUCUGGCUGUACACGGGGACAUGGCUUCUGUACUGAGAAAACCUGGUCUUGGGGCAGUCCAACGCAAGAAACCCGGUGCAAAACCUGAGUUAACAGAAGAACAGAAGCAGGAAAUCCGUGAAGCAUUUGAUUUGUUCGAUACAGAUGGCUCUGGUACCAUAGAUGUGAAGGAACUAAAGGUUGCCAUGCGUGCCUUGGGUUUUGAGCCAAAGAAGGAAGAGAUGAAGAAGAUGAUAUCUGACAUUGAUAAAGAUGGUUCUGGCACCAUUGACUUUGAAGAUUUCCUGUCUUUAAUGACGCAUAAAAUGAGUGAAAAGGAUUCUAAAGAAGAAAUCAUGAAGGCUUUCCGAUUAUUUGAUGAUGAUGGUACAGGAAAAAUAUCUUUCAAAAACCUGAAAAGAGUUGCCAAAGAAUUGGGUGAAAACCUUACGGAUGAAGAACUACAGGAAAUGAUUGAUGAAGCUGAUCGUGAUGGAGAUGGGGAAAUUAAUGAGCAAGAAUUUCUUAGGAUCAUGAGGAAGACAAGCCUUUAUUAACUAAGCACUUGUUGGUGACAUUAUGGCGGUGUAUUGUAAAACCAACUAAACCAUGAAAAAUAACCUGUGUUCUUUACAAUUGCUACAAAACCAUUAUGUAUCAUUCUACUGAAUGCAGUGUGUAUGGAUCCUCAGAAAUGUGCCAUUUUGCAAGGCAUUGCCAAACAACUUGCACUAUGUUCCUAGCUGCUCUUUAAUAUGUUAAUAUCUACUAAUAUUAAUUAUGACAGGUAAGCAUUUGUGUACAUCUUGUCAGGCUGAUUAAAUGCAUGUGUUUGCUAUUUACAUCUAUAAUCUGUCUGGUGCCUUUUUUUAAUGUUUGUAAUGAAAUAGCUGUUGGUCAUUUUUUUUGGUCCUGUCCAGUCACAGUGUUGAAGUGUAUUGUAGCAUAUUGACUGAUUCCGAUAUUUUGUAAUAAACAUAUUUUUUUAUA